AUGGCCACCGGGGUAGAUGCGCGACUCUUGAAGUCGACCAGAUUCCCCCCCGAGUUUAGCCAGAAGGUUGACAUGCAAAAGGUUAAUUUGCAAGUCAUGAAGAAAUGGAUCGCCAGCAAAAUCUCCGAUAUCCUGGGAAGCGAAGAUGACGUGGUUAUCGAACUCGUCUUCAAUCUCAUCGAAGGACCGCGAUACCCGGAUAUCAAGUCACUGCAAAUACAACUAACAGGGUUUCUCGACAAGGAUACGGCUGUGUUCUGCAAAGACCUGUGGAAGUUAUUGCUGAGUGCACAAAGUAAUCCCCAAGGCGUCCCUAAGGAGCUCCUCGAGGCCAAGAAGCUGGAGCUCAUCCAAGAGAAGAUUGAGGCCGACCGCGCUGCAGAAAUUGCUAAGCAGAGACGAGACGACUGGGAUCGCCGCGACCGUGAAGUAGCCGAUCUGAAAGACCGCGACCGCCGCGACCGGGUUGCUGCUCGUGGAGAUACCUGGCAAGGGCGCCGAGUUACAUUCCACGAGGAAGACGUGGCAGUGGACGCGCCGACCAAGGCCGCCGAAAAUCGCCCCCUCGAUCACGUUCGGAAUCGGCAUCUCCCAGGCCGAGUUCAAGAAGUCGCAGCGCUUCCCGAAGCACUGAUCAAUCGAAUCAACGACGAAGACCUGUAUCCCCUGGGGAACAAGCUGACACACGCAAGAGGUCGCGAUCACCCAGAGGAGAUACAUAUCGGGGUCGGGCAAACAAACGUACCGGGAGAGGUCGGCCAGCUCGUCCAUCUCGAUCUUUGUCUUCGGAGCGAAAUUCUCCUGCACCAAAGCGCAGACGUUACUCUUCAUCAAGGAGCCGCUCUCUAA